AUGCUGCCGGCCGCGUCCUCUAGGGCUGCCGGCAGCCCCUCACCGAUCGUCCGCCUCUUGGUCUUGCUUCCGCUCCUCCUGGCCGCCUUCUGCCUGCUCCUGCAGGCACAGAGGAGGUCUCCUGAUGUCGCGCUGGGCCUGACGGGGGGCAGGGAUGGCGGCCUUCGCUUGCGUAACGAACCGAGCUUGGAGGACAGUCUGGGUGGCGGGAAAGGAAAAACACGGCAAGCGGGCAUGGGGACUGCCCAAAACGUAGUGAACUCAAAUGCAUUGCCAAAUGGGGCAAAGAAACAAGGAGCCAAGUUGGCCAUCGCUACCACCACAGCUGCUGGUGUGGACAGCAUCAAGGUGUGGAUGCGUUACCACAAAAGCAUAGGCUUCUCGAUGUUCUACCUCUUCUUGAAUGGGCAAGUUAACCAUGAUGCUGCAAUAUGGGAGCUUGGAAGGUGGAGUGGCGUCAAGUUGUUCCCAAACAACGAACGCCUGCAACAUCGGCAUGCACACAGCCGGGCAUGGAAUGAGACUUGGCUGUCUGCCUUCUUCAACAAGCCCUGCAAUAAUGAGCUCUUUGUGAUGCAGAGUUUGAACAUGGAAGUUGCAAUUCAACAAGCAAUGGAGGAUGGGGUGGACUGGAUCUUCCAUCUCGACACAGACGAACUCCUUUACCCUGGCGGCACUGGGUCAUUCAGCAUACAGGAGUACAUGGACUCGUUGGAUGACGAUAUCGACUCUGUUGUAUUCCCCAACUAUGAGGGCUUGGCAGAGCGGGAUGAUGUCACUGAUCCGUUCACGGAAGUCACUCUCUUCAAGCGAAACUUUGCACACGUCAACUCGGACGAGUACUUCAAGAAGUAUUCGAUCGUGGCAAGGGGCAACCCAAACUACUUCACCACAUAUGGCAAUGGAAAGUCAGCUGGAAGGAUCCAACCACAUCUGAGAUCCAAUGGGGCACAUCGUUGGUAUAUAUAUGGGAAGAAACCAAAGGAGAUCACCUCAACGGAACCCACUGUUCUGCACUAUGUGUACAAUAAGUAUGCUGACCUCAAAGGCAGACGAGAUCGCUGUGACUGCGCCCCAACCGAUGAGGAUGUCAAGAGAUGUUUCAUACUUCCGUUUGAUCGCGAGGCCUUCCUUGCCAGCUCGUUGAAAGACGACAAGGAGCUUCGCCAAUACUUUAGGGACAAGCUUGUGUGGAGCGACCGCAGUCAAGUCAAGGACCUCUUGAAAGGCGGCCUCUUCGUGCGUAUUCAUGUACCCCAGGUGAUGACACAAAUGUACAGGAAAAUGCCAGAUGCUGGCCUAAUCCUUGCGGGACCAGAGGAGUCCAAGGUCACUGUAAUGGACGCCUAUCAAAUGCCUGAGGAGAGCAAUGAGCAUUUGAAUGUCCAGGUGCAUUCAAGUUGA